AUGUCUGACUUGAAGUCAAUGUGGUUCGCGGCACGUAAUCCACCGGCCGAUCCAAUCUCCCUUUCCUUCAAGGGCAAAGCGGUCCUGGUGACAGGUGCUAGUUCGGGUCUUGGCCUCGCCGCCGCCAUAAAAUACACAAGGCAAGGCGCAUCGCCAUUGAUAUUGGGCGUACAGACUCGUGAGCAAGGGGAACAGGCCAGGAAGGCCAUCAUGGAGGCCACGAGCUGCGCCAAGGACAAUCUCGUGAUCCUGACCCUGGACUUCGCAUCCUUCGAUUCCGUAUGCAGUUUUUCUCGAGAACUCGACGCUAAGGUGCCGUAUCUUCACAUUGCCCAGAUCGCUGGUGGUGUCAUAAAAAGCAAGUAUGAUCUCACAGGCGACGGCUAUGAGGAGAGCCUCCAGAUUGGUGCCCUGAGCACCGCGCUGCUCGGGCAGCUCCUGCUUCCAAAGCUUCGCCGAACGGCGGCUGGGCUGCCGGAGGGCGAGUUCUGCUAUCUAUCGUUUCUCAAUAGCAUCGCCCACAUGAGGGUCACAGCAUCGGACCUGCCUAUGGGGCACUCACUAGUCCAAAGAUGCAACGACGGCGAACAGUGGGACGCUCACAAGCAGUACGCCCUGGUGAAGCUAGUAGCGCGGCUCGCGGUGAAAGGCAUCGCUGAUAAGUGUGCCGAGGAUGCCAAGAUUAUUGUCAAUGCGAGCUGCCCCGGUGUCUGCAAGACGAACAUGUAUAAGGACAUGUCUCUCUUAUCUAGGGCUUCGGUGGAGGUGCAGUGGUUUUUCGUGGGUCGUACCGCCGAGCAAGGAGCUCGCACCUUGGUCAGCGCUACUGGCUUGGGGCCAGAAAGCCGCGGCAAUUUUUGGAAUAACGACGAACUACUACCGUAA